GUCGUCUAUCAACCGUCAGAUGCAUGACUGGAGUCCGGCCGAUCGGUCAGGGAAAUAUUUUGUGACUGAAAUAUAAGUAUCGAGCUACGGAAAUAUGUUUCGUUUCUCUGGACACGUUUUCAGAGAUACUCUGAGAGGCGAACAGAAGACUAUCAAGAGUUUGGCAGUUCCUGCUAAGGAUCAUGUUUGGAGACUAGAUGUGACUCGUAACAUUCGCUUCAACGCCGUUUUGGAAGACUCCAAGUCUAUGUCAUGUGGCGAAAAGGAGGCAGCACCUCCUCCCAAGAAACCAGCUAAGAGCAAAGCUAGGAAGGUCCCCCACGUGUUCCCCCAUCUUGGCAAAGCAUUCAAGAAUGAGGAAGUCCGAAGAUAUUCCCCCUUCCACUUCCCCGGACAGUCAACAAUGGAAUGGGUCAUGGCUCGAUCAGAUGAUAUCCUCAACUGGUGCAGAAGCAACUCCAUGUGGCCGAUAACCUUCGGGCUAGCCUGCUGCGCUCUUGAGAUGAUGCAUUAUGCUGGGCCUAGAUACGACAUGGAUCGUUUCGGCAUGGUGUUCCGCGGAACCCCUCGGCAGACUGACGUCAUCAUCGUGGCAGGAACAGUCACCAACAAGAUGGCGCCUAUUCUCCGCAAGACGUACGAUUUGAUGCCGGACCCUAAGUGGGUGGUGUCUAUGGGCAGCUGCGCCAACGGUGGCGGCUAUUAUCAUUAUACUUAUUCCACGUGCCGAGGGGCUGAUAGGAUUAUACCGGUGGAUAUAUACGUGCCCGGUUGCCCACCAACGGCAGAAGCCCUUCUUUAUUCCAUGCUGCUACUGCAGAAGAAGGUGAAACGCAUGAGGGUCUGUCAGGUCUGGUAUCGCAAUUAGUUGCCGAUAUAUUGUCAAUUAGCGUUGUGUUUAAU